AUGAAUACGACCGAGCCGUCGUCAACCUCGACGGCCGACGGCCCCGAGCUCAGCUACGAGUCGGGCAAGACCCUCAUGGCCCAGGGCCCGCAGGUGUUUCACGACCUCAUGGUCACCAAGCUCCCGGCCGCUACGGGCCGUCCGCUACCUCGGGUGGAGGUGCGCUACAGCAACCUGUCGCUGUCCGCCGACAUCGUCGUGGCCGACGACCACGCCACCAAGUACGAGCUGCCGACCAUUCCGAACGAGCUUAAGAAGACGCUCAUGGGCCCCAAGAAGAAGACGGUCCGCAAGGAGAUCCUCAAGAACGUGAGUGGCCGCUUCGCGCCGGGCAAGAUCACGCUGCUGCUGGGCCAGCCCGGGUCGGGCAAGUCGGCUCUGAUGAAGGUCCUCAGUGGCCGCUUCCCCAUGGCGAAGAACAUCACCAUGGAGGGAGAUAUCUCGUACAACAAUGUGCCGUACGACCACCUCGUUGACAAGCUGCCUCAAUUCGUGUCGUACGUGGAGCAGCGCGAGAAGCACUUCCCGACGCUGACCGUCAAGGAGACGCUCGAGUUCGCCCAUACUUUCUGCGGUGGAAAACUGCUGGAGCAGGGCAAGGGCAUGCUGGACAUGGGUGCGCAGCACACCAGCGAUCUGGAGGCGCUCGAAGCUACCAAGAAGAUCUUCGCACACUACCCCGAUGUUGUGUUGCAACAGCUGGGUCUGCAGAUCUGCCAGGAUACCAUCGUUGGUGACAACAUGUUACGUGGCAUCUCCGGUGGUGAGAAGAAGCGCGUGACGACUGGUGAAAUGGAGUUCGGCAUGAAGUACGUGUCGCUCAUGGACGAGAUCACUACCGGCCUGGAUGCCGCUGCCGCGUACGACAUCGUUGACACACAGCGCAGCGUUGCUCAUCGCAUGCAAAAGACGGUGGUCAUCGCGUUGCUUCAGCCUUCUCCUGAGGUGUUCGCGUUGUUCGACGAUGUGAUGAUCCUGAACGAGGGUGAGCUCAUGUACCACGGGCCAUGUGACAAGGUGGAGGCAUACUUUGAGACGCUGGGGUUCAAGUGUCCGCCUGGUCGUGAUAUCGCCGACUACCUGCUGGACCUUGGUACGAAGCAGCAGCACCGCUACGAAGUUCCGCACCCGACCAAGCAGCCCCGAAGCCCGUGUGAGUUCGGGGAAUGCUUCCGCCUGACGCAGAUGUACCAAGAAAUGUUGAGCAUCUUGGAGGCACCCUACGAUCCGGAGCUGGUCGCAAGCGUGAAGGACAUCAUCGAACCGAUGCCCACAUUCCACCAGUCUGUAUUCGCCAGUGUGUUGGCGCUUCAGUGGAGAGCUCUGCUCAUUACUUACAGGAACCAAGCCUUCGUCAUGGGGAAGCUGGCGAUGGUCAUCGUGAUGGCGUUGUUGUACUGCUCCAUCUUCUACCAGUUCGAUCCAACGCAGAUCUCGGUGUCGAUGGGCAUCAUGUUCGCUGCCGUCAUGUUCCUCUCGAUGGGCCAAGGUGCGAUGAUCCCGGUGUACAUCUCGGGUCGGGCCAUCUUCUACAAGCAACGCCGCGCCAACUUCUUCCGAACGGGGUCCUAUGUUCUAGCCACCACCGUGAGCCAGAUCCCGUUGGCCCUGGCCGAGACCAUCGUCUUCGGCUCGAUCGUGUACUGGGUCUGCGGGUUUGCGUCUGACGCGAAGCUGUUCAUCAUCUUCGAGAUUGUGUUGUUCGUGUCGAACCUGGCCAUGGGCAUGUGGUUCUUCUUCCUCGCUGGUGUGUGUCCCGAUGCAAACGUGGUGAUGCCGGUGGGCAUGGUCUCGAUCCUCGUGUUCAUCAUCUUCGCGGGCUUCGUUGUGACCAAGAGCCAAAUUCCCGACUACCUCAUCUGGGCCCAUUGGCUCAGCCCAAUGGCGUGGGCUAUCAAGGCCCUGGCUGUCAACGAGUACCGAUCAAGCGAUUACGAUGUGUGCGUGUACGACGGAGUGGACUACUGCGCCAAGUACAACGGUCUCAAUAUGGGCGAGUACUACUUGAACCUGUUUGAUAUCUCGACGGAGAAAGAGUGGGUCGCAUACGGCAUCAUCUACCUGCUGGCGAUUUACGUCUUCUUCAUGUUCCUGUCGUACUUGGCGCUGGAGUACGUCCGCUACGAAACUCCCGACAACGUUGAUGUGACCGUGAAGCCCAUUGAGGACGAGAGUUCGUACGUCCUCACUGAGACCCCGAAGGCUGCUAACAAGAGCGAAACCAUUGUCGAGCUCCCCGUCGAAACUCGCGAGAAGAACUUCAUCCCGGUGACGGUGGCGUUCCAAGAUCUGCACUACUUCGUACCCGAUCCGCACAACCCGAAGGAGCAACUCGAGCUGCUCAAGGGCAUCAACGGGUUUGCUAUCCCCGGGUCGAUCACCGCGCUGAUGGGCUCAACUGGUGCUGGCAAGACGACGCUGAUGGACGUCAUCGCUGGCCGCAAGACUGGAGGCAAGAUCACGGGCAAGAUUCUACUGAACGGCUACGAGGCGACCGACCUUGCCAUCCGUCGAAGUACCGGAUACUGUGAGCAGAUGGACAUCCACUCGGAGGCGGCCACGAUUCGUGAGGCCUUGACUUUCAGCUCGUUCCUGCGUCAGGACGCGUCGAUCUCGGACGCCAAGAAGUACGACUCCGUUGAUGAAUGCAUUGAAUUGCUCGGACUGGAGGACAUCGCGGACCAGAUCAUUCGUGGCAGCUCAGUCGAGCAGAUGAAGCGCUUGACGAUCGGUGUGGAGCUUGCCGCGCAGCCGAGUGUGAUUUUCCUGGACGAGCCGACGAGUGGCCUGGACGCGCGUUCGGCCAAGAUCAUCAUGGACGGUGUCCGUAAGGUGGCCGACUCGGGUCGUACGAUUAUCUGUACCAUUCACCAGCCCUCGGCUGAGGUGUUCUACCUGUUCGACAGACUGUUGCUGCUGCAGCGCGGUGGCCAGACCGCUUUCUACGGUGACUUGGGUGAGGACUGCCGCAACUUGAUCGACUACUUCGAGAACAUCCCCGGCGUGGCCCCGCUUCCAGUCGGAUAUAACCCCGCGACGUGGAUGCUGGAGUGCAUUGGCGCCGGUGUGGGCCACGGAUCCAAGGACUCGAUGGACUUCGUGAGCUACUUCAAGAACAGCCCGUACAACCAGCAACUGGAGACGACGAUGGCGAAGGAAGGCAUCACUACCCCGUCCCCGGACCUGCCCGAAAUGGUGUUCGCGAAGAAGCGUGCUGCAAACUCGAUGACGCAGAUGAAGUUCGUGGUGUGGCGAUACUUCCAGAUGUACUGGCGGACUCCAACCUACAACCUCACGCGCAUGUACCUGGCCAUCUUCUUGGCUCUGCUCUUCGGCUUGAUCUUCGUCGGCAACGACGACUACGCGUCGUACACGGGACUUAACUCGGGCGUCGGCAUGGUCUUCAUGUCGUCACUGUUUAACUCGAUGGCUGUGUUCCAGAGCGUGAUGCCUCUGACCUGCGCCGAGCGUGAAUCUUUUUACCGUGAGCGCGCAAGUCAAACGUAUAAUGCGUUCUGGUACUUCGUGGCUGCGACGCUGGCGGAGAUCCCGUACUGCUUCGUCAGUUCGCUGCUGUUCACCGCCAUCUUCUACUGGUUCGUGGGCUUUACGGGCUUCUGGACGGCUGUGGUGUUUUGGCUGGACUCUUCAUUGCUGGUCUUGAUGAUGGUGUACCUGGCUCAGUUCUUCGUAUACGCGACGCCAAGUGAGGAAGUCGCUCAGAUCUCGGGCAUUCUGUUCAACUCGAUCUUCAUGAUGUUCGUCGGCUUCAGCCCCCCGGCCUACAAGAUUCCCUCAGGCUACACGUGGCUGUACAAGAUCUGCCCCUUCAAGUUCCCCAUCGCCAACCUCAUCACGCUUGUGUUUGCUGACUGUGACGAGUUGCCGACCUGGAACGAGACUACGCAGGCGUACGAGAACGUGGGUUCCCAGCUCGGUUGCCAGCCCAUGGCCAAUGCUCCGGAGACCGUAGGCCACAUCACCAUCAAGGAGUACACGGAGGAGUAUUUCGGCAUGAAGCAUAGCCAGAUUGCUCGCAACUUCGGCAUCACGGUCGGCAUCAUCGUGCUGUUCCGCAUUUGGGCCGCGCUGGCGCUGCGGUACAUCAACCACCAGAAGAAGUAA